AUGUCGGGUGUUCAACAGGAUAAGUCGUUGUUCGGCAUGCCGGGCUUCGUGGUGGACUUCUUGAUGGGUGGUGUUUCCGCCGCCGUCUCGAAGACCGCUGCCGCCCCCAUCGAGCGUGUCAAGCUCCUCAUCCAGAACCAGGAUGAGAUGCUCAAGUCCGGUCGUCUUGACCGCAAGUACGACGGCAUUGGCGAGUGCUUCAGCCGUACCGCUAAGAACGAGGGUGUCCUCUCCCUCUGGCGUGGUAACACCGCCAACGUCAUCCGUUACUUCCCCACCCAGGCGCUCAACUUCGCUUUCCGCGACACCUACAAGUCCAUGUUCGCCUACAAGAAGGAGCGUGACGGUUACGCCAAGUGGAUGGCCGGUAACUUGGCUUCCGGUGGUGCUGCCGGUGCCACUUCCCUCCUCUUCGUCUACUCCCUCGACUACGCCCGUACCCGUCUUGCCAACGACGCCAAGUCCGCCAAGAAGGGUGGUGAGCGCCAGUUCAACGGUCUCGUAGACGUCUACAAGAAGACCCUCGCCUCCGACGGUAUCGGCGGUCUCUACCGUGGUUUCAUGCCCUCCGUUGCUGGUAUCGUUGUCUACCGUGGUCUGUACUUCGGUAUGUACGACUCGAUCAAGCCCGUCCUCCUCACCGGUUCCCUCGAGGGUAACUUCUUGGCCUCUUUCGCUCUUGGUUGGGCUGUCACCACCGGUGCCGGUAUCGCCUCUUACCCCCUUGACACCAUCCGCCGUCGUAUGAUGAUGACCUCCGGUGAGGCCGUCAAGUACAAGGGUACCAUGGAUGCCGCUCGCCAGAUCGUCGCCGCCGAGGGUGUCAGGUCUCUCUUCAAGGGUGCUGGUGCCAACAUUCUCCGUGGUGUUGCCGGUGCCGGUGUCCUGUCCAUCUACGACCAGGCCCAGCUCAUCCUCUUCGGCAAGAAGUUCAAGGGUGGAUCCGGUUAA